UUUGGCAUCAUGGAAGAAAGAAAAUUGUUUUCUUUCUUUCUUUGGCAUCAAAGUGAAAUCGUUUUACAAGUCAAGUUGUAUCUGUAUUUCUGUAUAGCGAACGUUGUUUCUUGAUUUCUUAAAAUAAAAGGAAAAUCAUGGAAUCUAUUAUGAAGUCCGAGCCAAGGGAAUCAGAAGAAAUGGCAUCUGUUAAAGAGGAAAUCGACAUAGAAUACAGCAUGUCCUGGCUUGACAAGCAGGAGAUUCCGGAUGAGGAACAGGUGUCUCCAUCAGCUGGUAGUUGUGGUGAUUCCUCUGAAGAAGAAGGAGGAGGAGGAAACGAAAACUGUGAAUCACAAGAUGGAAACAAUGAAAUACUGGUAGUAAAAACACAACCUAAUCGAAAUCGAGAUGUCAUAGAGCUAAGUGAUAGAAAUGCAACACUCAAAACGACACUUACAAAGCCUCAUCAGUGUUCAGUCUGUGCAAAACGAUUAGCUCAGAGUCGUAAUUUGAAUGCCCACAUGCGUACUCACACCAAAGAGAAACCUUACCAGUGUACAGUCUGCACAAAAAGUUUCUCUAAAUCUUGUAAUUUGAAUGUUCACAUGCGUACGCACACCAAAGAGAAACCUUACGAAUGUACAGUGUGUACAAAAACUUUCUCUCAAUCUAGUAAUUUGAUUGACCACAUGCGUACUCACACCAAAGAGAAACCUUACGAAUGUACAGUCUGUAUAAAAAGUUUUUCUCAAUCCAGUCAUUUAAAAGACCACAUGCGUACUCACACAAAAGAGAAACCUCACCAGUGUACAGUCUGCUCAAAAAGUUUCUCUCAAUCUAGUCAGUUGAAUGUUCACAUGCGUACUCACACCAAAGAGAAACCUUACCAAUGUACAGUGUGUACAAAAAGUUUCUCCCAUUGUAAUAAUUUAAAUGACCACAUGCGUACUCACACCAAAGAGAAACCUUACGAAUGUACAGUCUGUAAAAAAAGUUUCUCUAAAUCUAGUCAUUUAAAUUACCACAUGCAUACCCACACGAAAGAGAAACCUUACCGGUGUACAGUCUGUGAAAAAGGUUUCUCUCAUUCUAGUAAUUUGAAUGUUCACAUGCGUACUCACACCAAAGAGAAACCUUACGAAUGUACAGUGUGUACAAAAAGUUUUUCUCAAUCUAACAGUUUAAAUGACCACAUGCGUACUCACACCAAAGAGAAACCUUACCAGUGUACAGUCUGCUCAAAAAGUUUCUCUAAAUCUAGUAAUUUGAAUGACCACAUGCGUACUCACACCAAAGAAAAACCUCACCAGUGUACAGUCUGCUCAAAAAGUUUCUCUAAAUCUUGUAAUUUGAAUGACCACAUGCGUACUCACACCAAAGUGAAGCCAUAGCUUUCUUUAUACAGUCUGUACAAAGAGUUUCUCUCGGUGUGAUCAUUUGUAUCACUGCUUACUCACAGCAUAGAGAGGCCUUAAAAGUGUACAGUUUGUACAAAGUGCUUCACUGUGUCUUGCAAUUUGAAUCUUUAUUUGUUGAUAUCCAAGACAUCGCAGAUAUGAGGCACUCUCAUGAGCCUGGUUCCUUCCCUUCCUAAUAAGACUGUUUAGAGGUCGAAAUGUUGAGAAUGUUUGAUACAAAAUAGUAUUUCAAAAAUGAUAUGUCAAAAAUCUCACUUCAAUCCGUUUGUCAACUAUUGCUACAAUGGUUCGUUCACCCCCUGAUACCUUGAAUAAUGUUUCCUCCCAUGAGCAGCUUCAUGAAGGUGGAGAUAGUGAUUUGAAGGUGGUAGAUGAGGGGGAAUGCGCAGGAUGGUCCCAUUCAGAGCAAUUGCUUUGUGGUGAUGGCCAUGUUGGUCUGGCAGGGUAAAAAUUUGACUCCAUGUAAGCGUAGCUAUAACUUCAAAAAUAUAUGUCCUUCAGCCCUGAAAUCCUCAGUACACUUAUUAUGAACCUGCCUUGUAGAGCAAUUAUUGUUCCUAAUAUGAAUAUUAUGUUAGAAAACAUAAUGUUCACUGGAAAUGUGGAAAUCUAAUAGAUGAUUGACUUAUUAUUUCAAGGAUGAUGCUCUUGUUUUUUAUGAAAGACUGUUCAUGUGAUCUGUUUAUCCUUUCUAUGGACCUUUUUUAUAUAAGUUCCUUGCUUUUUCCAUUGUUAUGCAUUUAAUAUCAUCCAAUACAAAGAAAGCCUUGAUAUUUCAAUCAUCAUUCUUUAGAAAAUAAUUCUAGUAUUUUUAUAAUGCUGUAUAGAUUAUAUUUAUUGUUUGUAUAUACAAAAAUUAUUGAACAUUGUUAAUGUAGAAUGAUAAUGAAUAAUACUAGUGGAUUAUUUCAGUCAAAUCGUUUUCUGUACUAAAAUCUUCUACUGCUUUGACCAUCCUAAGCCGGUUGCACAUAAGCCUUAAAUUCUAAUAAUGAUUAAGUCCACAAGAACUAAUGAGAGAAGGCUUUUUUGAAAAGAAGGCUUCCGCACCUAGUGCCGGUUGCACAACAGCCGGUCAAGUUUGAACAGUUAUUAAUUCCACGAGAACCAAUUAGAGGAGCCAUCUUUUCAAAAACACCUUCUCUGAUUGGUUCUCGAAAAAUUAAUCAAGGUUAAAAUUCAACCGGCUGUUAUGCAACCGGGCCUCUGUCUUUUAACCUAAAGCUGUCAAUCAUCUCAUUGUUCAUUUGUAUAAACACUACCAGUCCUGUCUAUUGCCUAAAGCAACGUCUUUUGAAAAAUUAUGCAACUUUGAUUUCCACCAAAUUCAAAAUACUGAAUCUAUUUUUUUUCAAUUUAUUUAAAAUUAUAUUUAGGCCGGUUACAUGAGCUCGACCGACCGUCAGUGCGUACGUCAGUCGCGCUUGUCUUUUCCAUAGAGAUCCCAUGUAUCCGUACAGAGCAGGACUGACGGCACGCACGCGCACGGUCAGGACCAUGAGUUUUAUACAGCGUACGAAUACCAUCGGUCGAGCUCGUGCGCAUCCGUUCCAUCGGUCGACUGACGCGCUAUUGAAACAAAUAGAAUCUUUUAGAGCUGUACUGAUCAGUAGCCCGAUCGCAAUAUAACCAAUGUGCUGACACCUCUGCCCGACAAUCAGCUGAUAUUGAAUUGAAUAGCAUAAUGAAUGAAUUCAAUUAAUAGUGUCAUAUUUGAAUUCAGAGUUUUUCUAUACAUUUCUUCAAUCAUUUCUAAUUUUUUUAUUGAAAAAUCAUAUAUUAAUUAUAUUAUCUACAUUUAUUUGAUCCGUAGCUUAAAGUGACUGCAAGUAUUCCCAAUGGUGAUACAAGCUCGAGAAAACUAAUCAAAAUUUCUGAUGGAGAUUCUGAGGUAGUUGAAAAAUUUAUCUUCACCCCAAGCAAUGAUGUAUAUAAUGGUACUAAAUUCCCUUUGAAAUUCUCUUUGGGCGUCCAUCGGGUGAACUUGAUAUCUACGUCUUUUAAUCUUUCGUUUAGGCCGCAAUUAAACAAUCUGUAAAGGCGUCCAUUUUGUGACUCAGAAAAACUGAUGUAUGGGCAGGAUGGUGCAUACGCACUGACGGUCGGUCGAGCUCUGAAUGUGUAAAACUGAUUCAUCGAUGCGUACGGUCAGGAUGGUACAUACGCACUGACGGUCGGUCGAGCUCUGUAACCGACCUUAUAUUUGGUUUAGUAGUCAAACUAAUGUUGUAUGCAGAAUUAUGUAUCUGAUUUUCAUAAUAAUUGUUGAUGUGUUUAUGUUCAUCAAAUUAUGAACAUAUGAAUCAUGUUCAUCAAGUGAUGAAUGCUCAUGAUGCAACAUGCACCUUUUAUUUUUUGUAAUUAUUAUUAAUAUGAAUUGUAGUUUGUUUCUUAGACAAAUUGUUAUUGUAAUAUUUUCAUAUAUUAUACGAUUUCUAUUAUCUUAAUGCUUAAUUUUAUAUAAUAAUUUCUCUUUUAUUUCACAAGUGUUAUAUUAUUGUUAUUAUUUUUUGACGUGCUCAUACAAUGUAAAGUUGUUCUGGCAAUAAAGAAUCUUGCAUCUUGAAAAUAAUGUUCAGUAUGAUUGGAAUUUCAUGAACAGUAAAAGCUAGUUUUCUAUCAAAGUGACUUUAAAUUCAGAUCUACCAAUUUCCAUUGUUUCAAAAUUAUUCAACUUUGCAUGCCACUUUGUUUUUUUAAAUUGGAAGGUGGUCAAGCGAUACAUAAUUUCGAUACGGAAUUUUAAGAAUUUCGAAAUUUCUAUAUUUUUUCAACAAUAACUGCUUGACAAUAUUGUCAUCAUCGCCAUUUAUUUCUUCAUCUAGUCUAGGCAUCACCAUCUCAUUGGAAUUAGAUGUUGAUUGAUUUAAUUUUCCAGUUACAGACGUUUUUAAAAAUAAAGAUAAAACGAUAGAUCUCGAAAACUUAAGUCGAUGUAAUAAAAUUUCUCUGUACUUAUUUUUGUUGCUAAUUUAAUGUAGAAUCUAUGGUCUUCGGCUGUUGUACCUUUUGUGGGGCACGCUGAGAGAUUCGUACAUACUUAUGCGCCACGAACACCCGCAUUUCACUUUUCAUCAGCUGAUGCUGUUCCUAUUGUAUCUGUAUUUGUACAGAAACGGUAAGAUACAGAUAUAACAAGCACAGUAUCAGCUGAUGAAAAGCGAAAUGUGCAUGUUCAUGGCUCAUAAGUCUGUACGCAUCUAUAUACAAUUCGAAUAAAAGCCGGCAUUAGUCCAAAACUGGUUUGAACCCUAAUUUGAGAUGAACAGACUAGAGGUUAUGUAGAGGUGAUGAUUUGAUUCACUCUCAAUUUAUGUCUAUGCCCCGGUUACACAAAAGUCUGUUAACUUCUAAUCCUGAUUAAAUGCCACGAGAACCAAUCAGAGAAAACUUCUUCAAAAAUACCUUUGGUUCUCGUGGAGUUUAAUGAUGAUUACAAUUGAAUAGGCUUUUGUGCAACAGUGCCUAAGUUUGGCGCCCCUAGCUACUAUACAGAGUGAGUUAUGGAGCGGCAAAAAUAAAAUUGGCACAUUUUUAAAUGACCAUACCUCCUGAACGGUAGCAAAUUUUACAAAUCUGAUUGGAGAUUUGUGUUCCUCACUCAAGAAAGCAUAAUUAUUGUGGUUAAUUUAUUUACAGUUUCAUCAUCAUUUUGCCUGAGUUAGUCUCAUUAAGGUAUAUCAUAAGGUACGACAAUCCAUCAAGAAUUAUCUAUACUACCGUACAGGCUGUCUGAUAAGUCACUCUCUAUUUUUGUACCUCUAUUAUUUUUUUAUUUAUUAACCAAUUUUGUUAGAACUACAUUUGUUAGAGCACUCCUUGAGGUUGGGUUUAACACCAAUUUUGAUGUGUUAA